CUAAAGUCAACUUGCGUGUUCACACUCGUCCCACAAGUUUCGUCUUCUCAUCCCCAAAAAUCUCUUCAGAUUUCUUAUUUAUGAACCCUCAAAAAAAUUAACCUUCUCCUCCACUCCAAAUUCAAUAGACAAAACGUGAAACAACUCAACUUCGAUGAAAGCCGCCGUUUUUGGGAACGAAGACGGAGACGAGGAAGAAGAAGAAGAAGUCUGUAAUGUUUUCGACGGCGGCGAGGUAGAGUCUAAGAGAAACAACGAAACCAAAAACCUCAAGGGAUUUUUCACUUCUUUGCUUUUGAUGGAGGAGCACGAGAAGCAAGACCAGGAAGCUCGUAACGCUGCUUCUCGCCGUGAAAUGUCUGAUUUUCAAUCUAAUUACCGGAAAAGAGCGAGAACUAUGUCCGAUUACUACUCCGAUCUCAGCGAUUACUACGCUGAUGCUGAGGAAAGUGGAGAUAUCAAUCUGAAGAAGUCACGCGUCUCACGCGCCGUCGCUUCCGUUGCUGUUGCUGCUUCGGAGAUUGAGGCGGAGAGCAGUGAGAUAACCGGAUCCGGUUCGGUUCGCGGUACGGGUACCGGUUCGGGUCAGCAAAGGCGGUUAUGGGUUAAAGAUCGGAGCAGAGCUUGGUGGGAAGAGUGUAGCCGAUUGGAUUAUCCAGAAGAAGAUUUCAAAAAAGCGUUUAGAAUGUCGAAAUCGACGUUUGAGUUAAUCUGCGAUGAGCUUAAUUCAGCGGUUGCGAAAGAAGACACCGCGUUGAGAAACGCGAUUCCAGUGCGGCAGCGAGUCGCGGUUUGUAUAUGGAGAUUAGCCACUGGUGAGCCACUUCGUCUUGUCUCCAAGAAAUUUGGUUUAGGAAUCUCAACUUGCCACAAGCUUGUUCUUGAGGUAUGUAAAGCCAUUAAAGAUGUUUUAAUGCCUAAGUACCUUCAAUGGCCAGAUGAUGAAUCUCUUAGGAACAUUAGAGAACGAUUCGAAUCGAUUUCGGGUAUUCCAAACGUUGUUGGCUCUAUGUAUACUACUCACAUUCCGAUUAUAGCUCCUAAGAUUAGUGUAGCUGCUUAUUUCAAUAAGAGGCAUACUGAGAGGAACCAGAAGACUUCGUAUUCCAUUACAAUUCAAGCCGUUGUGAAUCCGAAAGGGGUUUUUACUGACUUGUGCAUUGGAUGGCCCGGGUCAAUGCCGGAUGAUCAGGUGUUAGAGAAGUCAUUGUUGUACCAGAGAGCUAACAAUGGAGGUUUGUUGAAGGGGAUGUGGGUCGCUGGUGGACCCGGUCACCCGCUAUUGGACUGGGUUUUGGUUCCAUAUACGCAACAGAACUUGACAUGGACGCAGCACGCGUUCAAUGAGAAGAUGAGUGAAGUGCAGAGAGUGGCUAAGGAUGCGUUUGGGAGGUUGAAAGGGCGGUGGGCUUGCCUGCAGAAACGGACUGAAGUGAAGCUGCAGGAUUUGCCUACGGUUUUGGGUGCUUGUUGUGUUCUUCACAACAUAUGUGAGAUGAGAGAGGAGAAGAUGGAUCCAGAGCUGAUGGUUGAAGUGAUUGAUGAUGAGGUUUUGCCUGAAAACGCUUUGAGAUCGGUUAAUGCGAUGAAGGCAAGAGAUACUAUCUCACAUAAUCUAUUACAUCACGGCCUGGCGGGUACUUCUUUCCUAUAGAGGAUAAUGGAAAUGUUCUUUUAGUUUCUUUCUAUAUGAUAAAAACUAAACUUACUUUGAUUCUUUGGUUUAUGCAUAAUGUAUGAUUGUACCUUUAGACCACAGAUGUUAUAUGAGGCAAUAGAAGAAACUUAAAUUAUAUAUACAUACUACACAUUUAUCUCCA